AAAAACCAAGAUGGAGUCAGUUGUACCAGUGAAGGACAAGAAACUUCUGGAGGUCAGACUAGGGGAGCUGCCAAGCUGGAUCUUGAUGUGGGACUUCAGCCCUAGUGGCCUUGAUGGAGCGUUUCAAAGAGGUUACUACUGGUACUACAACAAGUACAACAACGUGAAGAAGGGGAGCAUCUCGGGGUUUACCAUUGUGCUGGCAGGGUACAUGCUCUCCAUCUACUGCCUUUCCUACAAGGAGCUCAAGCACGAGCGGCUACGCAAGUACCACUGAAGAAGACACGCUCUGCACUCCCCCAACAACCUUCUUGGCUGGAGCCCCUCCAUAAGGAACACAAUCUCGAUUGUUGCUGAAUCCUUUCAUAUCCUAAUGGAAAUUAACCUCCAAAUAAAAGAUGACUGGUACUUGUGGAAAAAAAAAAAAAAAAAGACA